UGUUUUGAAUGAGCAGUGAUGCGGAGAGGUUAGCUGUCUCAGCUCCGGUAAAACGGUAAAACGGUAAAAACGGUUAAAAACAACUAAUUUAACCGAUAUAUUUGAAAACCGGAAAGUACGCGUUAGUUUGUUGAAGCUACUCUGAUAUUAUUAUAUCUGAUAUCUGUUAAGACUCCAUCUCUUCUCAAAAACAUCCUCCAUAUUCCUUAUUUUUAAGUCAUCAUGGGCGAGGUGGAGCUGUCCUGUCGGGCUUAUGUGAAGAUGUACCUGCACGCCUGUCUGUUUCCUCGCUGCAGCAUCAACGGGCUGCUGUUGUCGUCCAGCUCGCCAGGUGGCGCUGUCUGUGUGACGGACUGUGUACCGCUGCUUCACUCACACCUGUCUCUGGCUCCCAUCACCCAGCUGGCCCUCACACAGGUGGAUGUGUGGUGUUCACAGACUCAGCAGAGGAUAGUAGGAUACUACCAAGCCAACGCCUGCGUAUCAGAUAGCAGCCCGACUCCAUGUGCCCUGAAGAUAGCCGAUAAGAUUUCUGAGCAGUUUGACAACGCAGUUUUGUUAAUGCUUGACGGCAGUAAGAUGUCUCCAGACUAUCGGGUUCCUCCCAUCGUGAUGUACGAGCGCAAAGAUUCAAGAUGGAUUCUCAAAGACAAACACACGAUAAUGCUGAGACAGUGGGAGGAGACUCGGGAGAUAGCCAGUCAGAUGCUGGAGUCGGGCGAUCACGGGCUAUUGGUGGAUUUUGACAGCCACCUGGACGACAUUUCAAAGGACUGGACCAAUCAGAAACUGAAUACCAAGAUAGCCGAGCUCGCCUCGCCGGCCAACGGGAACAUCUAGACGUAGACGACGAAGUAGCAUCACAUCUAUUUAUGUUCUCCUGACCCAUCGUUAUGUGAUUUUCUUUUUUUAUAUAACACGACUCAACCACACAAGAGUUUAGGUUUAUUUUUAAUGCAGUUUAUUGACAACUUGGACGUAACAUAGGACAUGCAUAAAUAACUAAAUAUGUACAGCUUGGUAGCCCCCUCCACCCCCCCAAUCCCCCUCUCAGAGUGUGCCUUGUGGUCCAGCCCAACACCCCUCUGGUUUAAAGGAAAAAAUCACCUUAAAAACACCUUUAACACGUGAUAUUUUUGGUCCUGUUUUAUCUUUUGUUGCCUUUGAUUGUUAUCCCUAUGUACAUUACAAGCUCUGGGGGGGUGGACAGAAUAACAGAAACACCUUACAAUACUAAACACCUGCAGUAAAAAACAAUUUGUUGAAGCUCAAAAUGUUAGUUUUGAUUCAGGUUGAUGGUCAUGACAGAGGCGGUAGUUUAUGUUGUUAAUAAGCGGAUGCUGCCUUUUAAAUAAAGAAACCAGAAAACAAAAGUAAUUGAUAAAAAAACACACAAACGCUUCACUGAACUGCCCCUAUUUAGUAUUUAUAGCUUUUUUUUAAAAUAGUAAACAUUUAAUAAAUGGUUUAUAACACACUAUAAUGUAGUUGUAAGUGUUUAAUAAUGUAUGUCAACAACUAUGACUCCUCCAAUAAUGAAACACAAUAUAUGUAAUAAUAUGAAAUAAGUUUAUAUAAUUGCUGACAAAUACUGUAUAUUAAUAAACACUUAAAAAUGUCCUUUAUAGCUGCUACAUUAUAUAUUCUUGACAAUAUUAUGUUUUUCCCAAGAGGAAAUGUCUCGUAAAUGAUGUUUGCUAAAAGCCGUUAACUGUAUAAAGAAAGAGGAAUACAUCUGCUACCUUU